AUGAUGGCGUCCUCGUUAUCGAGCCGUUCGCACCUGGGGCGACUCGUCCGGAACGACCCCCUGCACCGCGGGGCGGCACGUCUCCGACAGCGCAACUGCCGGCGACGGCCAGCGCCGCGCGUGACGGCCGUCAGCACGGUCAAGGAGGUCCUCGGCGACGACCUCGGAGAUCCGGGCCACUGGAACCACAGCGUCGAAUGGUGGGGCACGCAAGCCGGCGGCUGGGGCAAGAGCCAGGGUUCGGUUCGCUUCGACCGCAACUCCAAAUAUGGCAACGGGAUCAUCACCGUCACCGUCCACGAGUUCCUGGGCUCGCCCAAGUGCCCGCCGGUCAACGUGGACGUCCUCGCUGCGGCCUGCGGCGACCCCGAGCGCGCCGCGGAGGCCGCGGCGCCCGAGGGCGGCGCCGUGCGGGAGUGGCGCGUGUUGCGCUUUGGCGACAAGACGCGGCAGAGCGUCAACCUGGUGUGGCGCAUGCGGGCGCCGCGCGCGUCCGGGGAAGGCAACACGAUCCGGGUGCCACGCGCGCCGCUCCUGAUCGAUCCGCGGUGCCUGGCGUUCGAGUACCAGAAGACGAUGGCUGCGGCGGUGCUCGCGACGCUGGGUGCUUCAGGGAGGUUGGAGACGGCGACGGAGAAGAAGCCCGUGACGAUCUACUGCCUGGGGCUCGGCGGCGGAUCGCUGCCGGCGUUCCUCGCGUACUGGCUGCGCUCCAAGGGCGUGCCGUACAGCAUCCGGGGCGUGGAGCUCGACCCUGACGUUGCCAUCGCUGCGAAAGACCACAUGGGCCUUGUCGACGGCUACUGCCAAGUCGACGUGGCGUCCGCGGAGGCCGUGAUGGCCGCGGCGCCGUCGGGUUCGGCGGACUGCGUGGUGAUCGACUGCUUCAAGGCGGACAACGAGGUGCCCGUGGCGCUCACGGACCCGCGGGGCGCCUUCAUGCUGGACCUGUCGUCGGUGCUCAACAAGACGGGCUCGCUCGUAGUGAACCUGCAGUGCGGGUCCGCGGGGAAGAAGAGCAGCCCGGGGCUCCCGACGCCGGUGCGCCGCGCGAUGAACGCGAGGCAGUGUCCCGGGUACGAGCGGGACACGCCGCGCGGCCAGUAUCUGUCUGAAACCGCCGAAGGAUAUGCAAAGGCGAUUGUUGGGCGCGUGGGGCGGAAGGGCUCGGCUUACACGGUCCGAGCGAACAACCAGUAUAAUGUCGCGGUCGUCGCGAGCCGGGCGUGGUCGCUCCCGCCCGGCGUCGGCGCCGCGGAGGCGGAAUUGCAGCGGUUGGCUCUGGACGCCGCGAGGGGCAGCGGGGACGCCGUGCUGUUCGACGUCGGGGCCAGGGCGUGGCUUGGGUACGCCGAUCUCCUGGAGUGA